AUGGAUGCCUUGGAAUGGGACGCCUCUGAAAUCGAAGUAAAAUCGUUGCCUGUGUGGAUGUGGAACAAUCAGCUAAACGAUAUCGGAGAUGGUUGUUUCUUGAUUCCCAAGUCUUCCAUUUACGGUGGCAAGAUGGAAGAUCUGCCAGAAGACAUCUUUUAUCCAAUUCAAGAGCUGCAAAAAUCUGUCAACUGGGAGGAUGCUUUAACACAAGGGCUUUUCUCUUCUCCUGUGUUGAAUAAAGCUUAUGGUAAUUCUAGCACGUUAACUGGUUCGGCUUCUGAUAUUGGCAAGCCUGUUCACUCACAAGUCAUUGGUGGUGGUGGUAGAACAACAGACUUUCUUGAGUCCCUUGAUUGUUUGAUCUCUGCUACUAAUACUAGCAACACUGAUACAUUGGUUGAAGAUGAUGGCAUUUCCAUGAUUUUCUCUGGUUGUAAAAACCUAUGGAGUUUCGCUGCUAGCAAUGAAGUUUCAUCGGGAAAGUCUGAAAACAAUGGCUCGAAUACCGGAAGCAAAGACUUCAAUUGUCCGGUAAACGAGCUCAAUGAAGUAGUGGUUACCUCAAAGAGAAAAAAUGACCAAAAUGAGUUAAAUUUUUGUCUAAAUUGUGGUUACUUCAAUCUUCUUCAUACUGAAUCUCCUGCAACAGAAGGUGGUUUUAGGGUUAUCCCCGAGAACCCACCGAAAGCAAAGAGAGUCAGAUCGGAAAAGCAUUCGAGCUCAUCGAAUAUCAACUUUCAACAGCGUGCAAGUUCAUCAGUAUCUUCAUCCAUUGAAGAACCUGAUCCAGAGGCCAUUGCACAAAUGAAAGAGAUGAUUUACCGAGCCGCGGCGUUCAGGCCAGUGAACUUAGGCUUGGACGUGGUCGAGAAACCUAAGAGGAAGAACGUUAGGAUAUCGACCGAUCCACAAACUGUGGCGGCGAGGGAAAGGAGGGAGAGGAUAAGUGAGAGAAUUAGGGUUUUGCAGAAGCUGGUUCCUGGUGGGAGCAAGAUGGAUACUGCAUCAAUGCUUGAUGAGGCUGCGAAUUAUCUAAAGUUCCUUAGGUCCCAAGUCAAGGCACUAGAAAACCUAGGCAACAAGCUUGAACCAAUGCAAUAUCCUCCUUCAAAUCUAGCUUUCUCUCCUUUACUAUUCGACCAUUCUCUCCCCAUGCAAACACAUAACUUUCCACUCCAAAAACCCUAA